AAUAAGUUGUCGGAUACGUACAACCGACUCACAUUUGAUAAGUUCCCGUCCCUAUCCACUUCUCCCCACAUCCUUUAUGGAGAACCUCUGAACCAGAAAAACACCAGUAGGAAGAAGAUAAUGUUUCUGAAUUUCCUCUCAAAAUCAAAACCCUAAUUUUCCAAAAUACGCAGUAAUUUGAAAGCCCUAGUUCAUAAUCUCAGGGUAUUCUUCUUCCAUGGUAUCUCUACUCUCUAACACUGGUCCAGUUCACUUGACGAAACUCCCUCUCCUCAGCAAAACCUUAAUUUCAAAUUUCCCUCAUUAUGACAAUCCAUUACUCAAACUCCGAGGUCAAAGAUCUAAACUUUCAAUCAAUUCAAUUGGAAAAAAUGCAUUCCAAUCAAAUCAACAGCAACCACCAAGGACAUUAUUUCCUGGUGGAUUUAAAAGACCUGAGAUCAAAAUCCCUACUUUGAUAUUACAAUUGAGCACUGAAGAUGUUUUGAGAAAAGGGGAAGAAGAAGAAGUACUGAAUUUGAUUGAUAUUGCCGUAUCUAAAUUGGUUGGUAUUGUAAUUCUUGAUGAUAGUGAAGGAAAUGGUAAUGGUGGAAGAUUUUAUGAAGCAGCUAGGUUAUUGAAAUCAGUGAUUAGAGAUAGAGCUUUUCUACUUAUUGCUGAACGUGUUGAUAUUGCUUCUGCUGUUGGUGCUAGUGGUGUUGUUCUUUCUGAUCAAGGGCUACCAGCAAUAGUGGCAAGGAAUAUGAUGAUGGAAUCAAAAUCUGACAACACUGUGAUACUCCCAUUAGUUGGGAGAUGUGUAAAUACUGCUGAUGCUGCUUUAAGUGCAUCUAAUUCUGAAGGUGCUGAUUUUCUUAUAUAUCUCAAUUAUAGAGGAAACAAUUUGGACACCAUAUUCCAAACUGUCAAAGUGCCGGUGUUUGCAACAUUUGGUUUGAAAGGGGAGCAGUUAAAGCUAGCUGAUGCAUCAAAGUUAUUUCAGUCAGGUGCUGGUGGAUUGGUUGUUUCUUUGGAUGAUCUGAAGCUGCUCAGUGAUGAUGCUUUGAGAAAUUUGUUUACUCCUGUGAGUAAUAAAACUCAGGACGACAGUAGAAUUAUGGAUAGGGUGGAGCAAGGAAAAAAUGGAGUCAUCCCCUCUAUUGACGUGGACGAGAAAGAAGCAGAGUUCAUAGAAAUGGAGAAAAUUGUUUUACAAGAUGCAAUAUCUAUAAUCCAAAAAGCUGCUCCGCUGAUGGAGGAAGUUUCACUUCUCAUUGAUGCAGUUUCCCGACUUGAUGAGCCGUUUUUGCUGGUUAUAGUGGGUGAGUUUAACUCUGGCAAAUCAACUGUUAUAAACGCUCUUCUCGGAAGAAGAUACCUCAAAGAAGGAGUUGUCCCCACAACUAAUGAGAUCACUUUGCUGUGUUAUGCUGAGAUGGAUACUUUUGAGCAAGAACGCUGUGAAAGGCAUCCAGAUGGUCAAUUCAUAUGCUAUUUACCUGCUCCAUUUCUGAAAAAGAUAAACCUUGUUGAUACACCUGGCACAAAUGUGAUUCUCCAAAGACAACAACGUCUCACCGAAGAGUUUGUACCCCGGUCGGAUUUGGUUGUUUUUGUUAUCUCUGCUGACCGACCAUUAACUGCAAGCGAGGUUGCUUUUCUCAGUUAUAUACAACAAUGGAAGAAAAGGGUCGUGUUCGUCUUGAAUAAGUGUGAUCUCUAUCAGAGUAACAGUGAGCUUGAGGAAGCCAUUGCGUUCAUUAAAGAAAACAUACAGAAGCUGAUGAAUACAGAACAUGUCAUAUUAUAUCCUGUUGCUGCACGGUCAGCUAUCCAAGCCAAACUCUCCGUGGGUUUGGAUGGUGGUAAAAAUAACGAGGAAUUAUUGGGGACAGAUACCCGUUGGAUGAGCAGUGGUUUUGAUGAACUUGAGAAAUUCUUGUUUAGCUUUUUGGAUAGAUCAACAGAUGCAGGAAUGGAUAGAAUGAGGCUUAAGCUUGAGACACCAAUUAGAAUUGCAGAUAGAUUGAUUAUUGCAUGUGAAACCCUUGUAAUGAAAGAGCGUGAAUCUGCCAUUCAGGAUUUAGCUUCGGUUAAUGAAAUAGUUGGUAGGGCGAAAGAUUAUGCAGAGAAGAUGGAAUACGAGAGUAUGUCAUGGAAGAGGCAGACUUCGUCACUUAUUGAAGCUGCCAGGGCAAGGAUUGUGAGGCUUAUAGAGUCUACUCUUCUACUAUCAAAUUUUGAUCUUGUUGCUUCCUAUGUUUUUAAAAGAGAGAAGUUCAACCUAAUGCCUGUUAGCUCAAGAGCUCAAAGUGACAUCAUUGACCCGGCAAUUUCAGAUGCACAAAAGCUUCUUGAGGAAUAUAAGAUGUGGUUACAAUCAAAUAGUUCUCGCGAAAGGAUGCUGUAUAAUGAAUCUCUUGAGAAGAGAUGGCCUCCAUCUUUAGACCAGCACGAUCAGCCACAUUUUGGAACUCAUGACUUACAAAAGAGGGAAGACCUCAGCGUGAAACCUCUAGAGAACUUUAGUGCUUCUGCUGCUGCAAAGCUUUUUGACCAAGAAAUCCGUGAAGUGGUAUUGGGAACAUUUGGAGGACUAGGAGCUGCUGGCCUAUCUGCUUCCCUUCUAACAACUGUGCUACCAACCACAAUGGAGGACCUUCUUGCUUUAGGCCUUUGUUCUGCUGGAGGUUUCUUAGCGGUAUCAAAUUUGCCAACUCGUCGAAAGGAGAUGGCAGAAAAGGUGCGGAGGACAGCAGAUGCUGUGGCACGUGAACUCGAGGAAGACAUGCGUAAAGAUCUUUUGCAAAAUAUCGAGGAUCUAGAUAACUUUGUGAAAUCCAUUAGUAAGCCUUAUCAGGAUGCAGCACAACAAAGAAUAGAAAGUUUGUCAAAGACACAGGAAGAGUUGACAGGUAUCCAGAAGAAACUGCAAAAUCUACAAUUCAAAAUUCAGAACUUGCAUGUAUCCUGAACCCAUUUUGUUCAUUCACAACUGCUGUAGUGUAAGACCAUGUAUGUAUAUGUUAAAGACUCAAAUAGGUUUGGGUGUCAAAUAGGACCAUAAUGUUGUGGCAUGAUUUUCAGUUGUAUCAAUUAAUAUAACAAUAUGUGCCAAGCAAAAUAAAUGUAGUGAUAUGUAUAUUAAAACCAAAUGAAAGUAAUAAAUUUUGUUUUAGAUGUUCA